AUGGACGAGUUUAAUCGCCCAGACUCCGAGACGUUCAUCUUCAUGUUGACGACUCGCGCUGGAGGCGUCGGCAUCAACCUCUAUAGCGCAGACACCGUCAUCAUUUACGACCCAGACUUCAACCCUCACCAGGAUCUCCAGGCGAUUGCUCGAGCACACCGAUUCGGUCAGCAAAAGACUUGUCUGGUCUUCAAGCUCAUGGUGAAGGAUUCCGCCGAAGAACGUAUUAUCCAAGUCGGCAAGAAGAAACUCGUCCUCGACCACUUGAUCGUGCAGAAGAUCAAUGACGAUGAUGAGGCUUCGGAGAACGUCCAGUCCAUCCUAACCUAUGGUGCUCAGGCGCUAUUUGAGGAAUCCGCCGAGCAGGCUGAGGCCCGCAACGUCAGCUACUCGGACCAUGAUUUAGACAAGCUCAUUGAGCGUACGGAACGAGAGGGAGAGGAGGAAGUUGCGCCGAAGGGCGGUGGGAUGACCUUCGCGUUCGCCAAGAUCUGGGCUGCCGACAAGGAAGACAUGGUCGAAGUCAACGACGCCGAGCAGGACGACUCAUGGGCGCAGGCUCUCGAAAAGAUCAAUGCGGAGCGCGAAAAGAUGCGAGAAGCCGAGAUCGAACGUGGCGGACGUGGACAGCGCAGAGCAGCCGCCAUGGCCAAGCCAACGUACUACGUCGAGGAUACGCCGACGAAGGCGAAGGGCAAGGGGAAGGCCACCGACGCUUCGUCUAGUUAUGGGUCUGACCUUGACGACGACGCUAUUGUGACCGACACAGAGACGGGCGCCAGCGCUGUCAGCACGCCAGGUCCAGUAGAUCCAGAUAAGCUGCAAGUGCCCAAACCCAAGAAACGCAAACGCAAGCAUGUCGAAGACGGACUACCCAGCACGAGCUCUGCACCACCACCCGCCCAUAUAGACGACCCAGAUACGUGCGGCCUCUGCAACCAGGUCCACGGCGUCGGAGAAUGCGCCCUCGAGCAAAGCCCCGAGAAUAUGUUCGAACUCCGGGAGAUGCUGAUGAGCAAGGACCUCGAUACCGAUGAGCCGUUAGUGGACAGACUAUACGCUAUCAGCCUAUUGGAAGAACGUAUACACAAGAUGAACCUCGGCCACAAGCUCGUCGGUCAACCACUCCACUAUGUACCUCCACGCAAGCCGCCUCCCCUACCGUCCAAGCACGCGUCUUCGCCUUCCGCGCCAUUGCCUGACAGCACGGCCAAGAAGGGCAGAGGGCGACCGCGAAAGUCGGAGGCCAACGCUGUUGCCGGACCGUCGAAGCGACCGCAAUCGCCGAAUGCACCUGCACCGCCCGCAAAGAAGGUCAAGGUGUCUGUAGACGAUGAGCUGUGCGGCCUCUGCGAACCUAUCGGCGCGCACACCUACGGCAAGUGCCCUGUGGUCGCGCAAGGUCCGAAGAGGUUAGUCGUUUCGUCGUAUACCCAGCACAUAAUGGCUGACGAUGUACGAAAGGGUCUCACAGGAGAUACAGCGACUAGAUGCGGUAGCGGGCAAGGCCGCCGUAGUCAACAGCUUACGCUCGAUCCUAAAGAAGCAGAAGAAGGCUGA